GCGGUAAGGCCGGUUUAUAGUCAACCCGCGUUCCCAUAAUGCCUUGUUUUCUUUGGAACCAAAGUACUUAUUAAGAAACAUCCUGGAACUGACUUGCUAGGUUUUUUGUUCUGUGCCUGCAUCCGUGAAGCGAUCUCCCAGGAGAAAUUCCACAGAAAUCCCACGAACAAGUCGUAAACAAGACCCCGCCCAACAAGGGGAAGCUGUGGUCAAAACCUUUAUUCCGGAACUCAGCGCCAUUUCCCGCACCCUGGGCGGGGUUGCCUUCUCUGCUUUGCGGUUCUACAGCUCUUGAGACCCGUGUGAAGAAAAUGAAGGUUUCUGGGAUCUCAAAGCGUCUGGGCACUGUGGGACGCCUUGUAGCUUUCUGCCAAGGCAGAGUCCAGCUGGCGGUCCUGCUGCUGUCCUUGGCGCCAUCUACUUUAGGCCAGUGCACAGACCCACCAUGGUUUUCAUUUGCCAACCAUAUAAAUAAAACUGAUGAAUCCAGUUUUCCCAGUGGAACAUCUUUGAUGUAUGAAUGCCACCCAGGAUAUUUCAAGAGGCAGUUCUCCAUCAUCUGCCAACAAAACUCAGACUGGACAAGUAAAUCAUGUGAAACUCCUAAAGAUCCUGAGAAUGGCAUAGUACAUGUACACACAGACAUUCGGGUUGGAUCCAGUAUUAAUUAUACUUGUAAUCCAGGAUACCGCCUCAUUGGUUCCUCCUCUGCUGUAUGUGUAAUCUCAGGUCAAAAUGUUGCUUGGGAUAACGAGACACCUACUUGUCAGAUAAUUUCUUGUAAGGAUCCCCCCUCCAUUGCCAAUGGAGAUUUACUUACUACCACAGAAGAUUUUUAUUAUGGAAUGGCGGUUACCUAUCGCUGCAGAUCUGAUGCGAGAGGGAAGAAGCUCUUUAACCUGGUGGGUGAGGCAUCCUUACACUGUAUCAGCAAUGAAGAGAAAGUUGGAGUCUGGAGUGGCCCUCCUCCUCAGUGCAUUGAACUCAAGAAAUGUACACCUCCUCAUGUUGAAAAUGCAUUCAUAGUGUCAGAAAACAAAAGCUUGUUUUCCUUAAGGGAUAUUGUGGAGUUUAAAUGUCAGCCUGGCUUUAGCAUGGAAGGAGCCAGUAGUGUGCAGUGUCAUGACCUAAACAAAUGGGAGCCAGAGUUACCAGUCUGCUUCAAGGUAAUUUCUUGUAAGCCACCCCCCUCCAUUGCCAAUGGAGAUUUACUUACUACCACAGAAGAUUUUUAUUAUGGAAUGGCGGUUACCUAUCGCUGCAGAUCUGAUGCGAGAGGGAAGAAGCUCUUUAACCUGGUGGGUGAGGCAUCCUUACACUGUAUCAGCAAUGAAGAGAAAGUUGGAGUCUGGAGUGGCCCUCCUCCUCAGUGCAUUGAACUCAAGAAAUGUACACCUCCUCAUGUUGAAAAUGCAUUCAUAGUGUCAGAAAACAAAAGCUUGUUUUCCUUAAGGGAUAUUGUGGAGUUUAAAUGUCAGCCUGGCUUUAGCAUGGAAGGAGCCAGUAGUGUGCAGUGUCAUGACCUAAACAAAUGGGAGCCAGAGUUACCAACCUGCUUCAAGGUGAAAUCCUGUGGUGCUUUCCUGGAACAUCUUCCUAAUGGACGUGUGCUAUUUCCACUAAAUUUUCAACUUGGAGCCAACGUGUCCUUUGUUUGUAAUCCAGGGUUUCAAUUAAAAGGCAAUUCUGCUAGUCAUUGUGUUCUGUCUGGAAGGGACAGUGUUUGGGAUAGCCAUGUUCCUGUGUGUGAAAAAGUGAUAUGUAGCCUCCCACAGGAUAUGAGUGGAGUCCAGAAAGAGUUGAAAAUGAAAGAAUAUUACUAUGGAAAUAAUGUAACUUUGGAAUGUGAGGAUGGGUAUACUCUAGAAGGCAGUUCUCAGAGCCAGUGCCAGUCAGAUGCCAGCUGGGAUCCUCCUCUGGCCAAAUGUGUAUCUCUACAGUGAAAAAUACCAUCCAGUCCCAUGAACACCAGUCAAUUAAGAGUGAAGCUUCUAGCUGGGAACUGCCAGGGAAGGCAUGUAAGAUGAGUGACCUGCUGCCAGCAGAGAUUGGAGAAAAGGAGACCCAAGAUUGUGGACUAUCAACCCUCCAUGUGUUCCCCUCCGGAUCUUCUGCUUAGCAUGUCUCUAGAGGGCCAAGGCAGAAAUGCCUAUGUGUCCCAAGGCCAUGCUUUAUGGUGUGCACAUGUCAUGUCCUCCUCCAUAAAAAUACUUCUUGUAA